GCUGUUCAUCUUUCCUCUCUCUUUCAGACAAUGGCGACUGUUAAUGACACUAUUCCCGAUCUCACCGACUCUCAAGUUGCGGUCAUAUUCCGCAAUUUCGACUCUAAUUUGAAUCCGACGAUUCUUUUUGCUUUUUUGCAUGGCUUGUAUACAUGUAUAAUCUCCGUCGCAGGAUGGAAGAUUCUUGUCAGUAAAUACCAGGGUUCCAAGCGAAACAUGUCCAUCGUCAUCGGCAUUCUUUACGUUAUGGCAACAAUGAGCUUGGCAUUCAGUUGGUCAUUCACACGAUAUGCAUUCAUCAAAAACGGCGAAACCUUUUGGACGGUAUACGAGGCGCUCAUCAAUCAUUCGAGAUCGCUGGUGACGGCUCGGGUGGGGAUGACUGUUACGAGCUGCAUUGGUACCAUUUUCGCGGAUGCUACCCUCAUUUGGCGUUCCUAUGUACUCUGCGGCCGGCGCUGGCCGGCGGUCGUGCCUCCUAGCCUUCUUCUGGUCUGCACCAUUGUAUUCAAAAUUAUGGAAACCCAAGCAAGAUUACACGAUGAGUUUGCACACACGCAUUGGCUCAUGAUCUACGUAUCCUUCGCCAUGGCCACAGCCGUUUGGUGCACCGUGUUCAUUGGAUACUCUCUUCUCACGUCCCCCCUGGAGAAGGACGGUUCGGAGGACGGACCGUCGUUGUACCAUCGCACUUGGACGCACUACUACCUCGAGCCUGUAGCCGAGAUCACAGGAGCUGUUGCGCCUACCCUCCUUUUGGGACGCAUCUUAACGGGCUUUGCGCGUCCGUACGAUUCCUGGAAGGGAAGCCCUCCUCAGGCUCCGCCCAACCAGAUCAGCUCUGCUACGCGUACCGUCUUGUUCGCUGACGAAGUUCGCGCUCCAGCUCCGGCUCCGGCUCCAGCCCCUGCUCCGGCUUCCACUCCUGCACCGGCUGAGAGUCAGCCUGAGGCUGAGAAUGAGAAGGAGAAUGAGAAAACUGAGAACGCGCCUGCGGUACUGGCCGUUGUCAGUGAGAAAAGUGGGUGAAGAACGUUCUAAGCAUUGUGUUUUCGUCCCCUUCCCUUCCCUUUUACUGUCUAGUGACUUGUGUAGAUUAAUCAUGUAAUUGUGUUGUGUACUUUGUACACUUUCCACCAUCUGAAAUGCUUUCGACGUUACUGCUACUGUUACUCCAAAUUAGACUAUCUCUAUACCUGUCUUAUACAAAUAAAGAAUUAUAUUUAUAGAAAU